AUGAUCUCCAAAGGCUGGCUUUUGCAUAGUGCCCUGAUUAUGGUUCUCAUUACUGAAGUCUUAUCUCAGGACUGCGGCCAGCUUUUCACCAGGUUACACCAAGCCAACCAGGCCCAGCUGGAACUUCUCAACAGCAAGAUGAAUUCCACCAUUCCCCAACAAUGCAUUGAUGAUGUUGUCAGCUUCUCCCUUAAGAACAAACUCCCCACAAACCUUGAUGAGGACAAUGCCAAGGUGGCCAUCCAAGAAGUCCUCCAGCAGACAGGUCACAUCUUCAGACAGAACUGUACUGAAAUGCUGUGGGAUGAGGAUUCCUUGAGAGCUUUCCAUGCUGGACUGGAUCAGCAAAGUGAGAAACUGAAGAGCUGUCUGAGUGCAUCUCCAAGGAGUCAGAAGAUCCAGCUCACCAGGCUGAGAGUGAAAAAAUACUUCCGAAGCCUGAAUGACUUUCUGAAGCAGAAAGACUACAGCCAUUGUGCCUGGGUAAUCGUCCAGAUCCAAGUCAAGCAAUGUUUUCUCUGGAUUGAAAAACUCAUCCUUAUGAUCCCAAAUGAAGGUAUGGAGGAGCAGAUUGGAAAAAUUACAAAGGAUGUGAUUUUAAAAUGCAUACAGGAAUCUAAUAACUCUUCUUUUUCCUUACAGCUUAACCUCUGA